AUUCAGUUGAAAUUCUACUUUCAUAAUCACCUUGACUUCCUUUACCUGAUAUCAAUAUGUACGUGUAUCCUGGUGAUAGAGGAAACUUCAUUUAACCGAUCUCUGGAUGGCUAGAAGAACGUUUCACCAAUUAAACAAAAACAGCGCAGAUAUACUUCCUGCAGAUAUUAGAAUAAUUGUUUGCCCACAAAGAGUUGACAAGUGUAAGGUUAGUAACCAUAAAUUGAGUCAGUCUGUUCUCUGAAAAACGCACGAGAGCUGUACAUAACCGCAUCACCGUAGCUACAUCAUAAACAUAUGUACACGGUGACAAUUUGAUACAAAGUAUCUGUAGACAGGAAAGGAUUUCUAGCGAUUUUGUGUGUGAUCGGAUACAACGUUCAACUUUACCAUUGAUCGAUUUAGUAUUUAAUAGGCCUAAUCUUGACAGUUAUUACAAUGUCACUGUUGAGAAGUAUAUUCAGAUAUGCACUGCUACAGAAGAGAGGAGCACAUGUCGUCAGUAACAAAUUUGUCCCAAAAUCAGAACCAGUGAAUGACCUGGACAUCAAUGACCUGAGAGAUUUCUUGUUGAGCAAUAACAAAAUAUUGGUAUUAACAGGAGCAGGGUUAUCCACGGAGAGUGGGAUUCCUGAUUACAGAUCUGAAGGUGUCGGACUUUAUGCUCGAAGUGACAACAGACCAGUGCAAUACAAUGAUUUUAUGAAAAGCGAAACAAUACGUCAAAGGUACUGGGCUAGAAAUUAUGUUGGGUGGCCAGUUUUUUCAUCAUUUCUUCCAAAUAUUUCUCAUAAAAUUUUACGUCAUUGGGAAAUUAAAGGAAAGGUACACUGGCUUGUGACUCAGAAUGUUGAUGCUUUACAUAUGAAAGCAGGGAGUAUUAACCUGACAGAGCUACAUGGAAGUGCUCACAGAGUCAUGUGUAUGAACUGUGAUGCAAAGAUGCCACGGACACGGUUACAAGAACUGAUUGAGAAACACAAUCCGCUGUGGCUGGCCAGAUCUGUGGAAAUGGCACCUGACGGAGAUGUCCAGCUGACCACAGAACAAGUGAAAGGAUUUAAGGUUCCACAAUGUCCAAGCUGUGGUGGAGCCCUCAAACCGGAGAUUAUUUUCUUCGGUGACAACGUACCUAAACCUACCGUGAACUUAGUGUUUGAUAAAGUGAAGGAAUCGGAUGCCGUCCUCGUUCUGGGAUCGUCUUUAGAGGUUUAUUCCGGAUAUCGCUUUGUGAAUGCUGCUCACACACAAAAGAAGCCUAUAGCCAUUGUCAAUAUAGGAGCAACUCGUGCCGACAAUCUAGCUUCGCUCAAAAUCACAGCGAGGUGCAGCGAUGUUCUUCGACGCUUAGAACACUUAUGAUGAAAGUGUCCCAAUAGUGUGUUUGAUUUGUAUAUUAUUGUAUUUUAGAUUACUUACAUUGUCACAUUUGAUCAUUUAUUGAAAUAAUAAAUGAAAUAUCUUGGUGA